CCGUGUGUGGAGUGCGGAGUGCGUACCAAACAUAAUAUUAUAAAGCUAUAAUAAUUAUUGUGAAGUACUAUAGUAUUUUUGUAAUUUCAUAGCGGAUUACUUAUAACGAUGGCGAUGCAACCACAUAGCAAGAAAAGAGUGUGUUAUUAUUAUGAUAGUGAUAUUGGAAAUUAUUACUAUGGUCAAGGGCAUCCAAUGAAGCCUCAUCGUAUACGUAUGACACACAAUUUAUUGUUAAACUAUGGCUUGUACAGAAAGAUGGAAAUCUAUAGACCUCACAAAGCCACCGCUGAUGAGAUGACUAAAUUUCAUUCUGAUGAUUAUAUUCGUUUUCUGCGUUCCAUAAGACCAGAUAACAUGUCAGAGUACAAUAAACAAAUGCAGAGAUUUAAUGUUGGGGAAGAUUGCCCAGUAUUUGACGGUCUUUAUGAAUUUUGUCAAUUAUCUGCUGGAGGCUCAGUUGCAGCUGCAGUGAAACUAAACAAACAGGCAUCAGAAAUUUGUAUCAAUUGGGGUGGAGGUCUUCAUCAUGCCAAGAAAUCGGAGGCAUCCGGUUUUUGCUAUGUUAAUGACAUUGUUCUUGGUAUACUCGAGUUACUGAAGUACCACCAGCGAGUCCUGUACAUUGAUAUAGAUGUCCACCAUGGUGAUGGGGUGGAAGAAGCUUUUUAUACAACUGACAGAGUCAUGACGGUCUCCUUCCACAAGUACGGAGAAUAUUUCCCAGGAACAGGUGAUCUAAGAGAUAUUGGAGCUGGUAAAGGCAAAUAUUAUGCAGUGAACAUCCCUCUACGAGAUGGCAUGGAUGAUGAGUCAUAUGAAUCCAUCUUCGUUCCUAUUAUUUCCAAAGUAAUGGAAACAUUCCAACCAAGUGCCGUUGUACUGCAAUGUGGGGCAGAUUCCCUGACAGGUGACAGACUUGGUUGCUUCAAUUUAACAGUGAGAGGUCACGGUCGUUGUGUAGAACUAGUGAAACGAUUUGGUCUUCCAUUCCUACUUGUAGGUGGUGGAGGAUACACCAUUCGUAAUGUAUCACGAUGCUGGACAUAUGAAACAUCAGUUGCACUUGGCGUGGAAAUUGCUAAUGAACUGCCAUACAACGACUACUUUGAGUACUUCGGACCAGACUUUAAAUUACAUAUCUCACCAAGCAAUAUGUCUAAUCAGAACACACCAGAAUAUUUAGAAAAAAUCAAGAACAGACUCUUUGAAAAUCUACGUAUGCUCCCACAUGCACCUGGUGUACAGGUACAAGCUAUCCCAGAAGAUGCAGUUAAUGAUGAAUCUGAAGAUGAAGACAAAAUAGACAAAGAUGAAAGGCUACCCCAAAGUGAAAAGGAUAAGAGGAUAACUGGCGACGGUGAGCUGUCAGACUCAGAGGACGAGGGGGAGGGCGGUCGGCGCGACAACCGCUCGUACCGCACGCCGCACGCGCCGCAGCGCAAGCGGCCCCGCCUGGACAAGGAGCCGCAGCCGCUUAAAGACGAACUUAAAGGUGAAGAUAACAAGGAUGAUGUAAAAAAUUUAAGCAACAUGGAGGAACCAAAGAAGGAAAUUCCUCCUAAUGCCUGAUUCAAGAAGUAAACUGUGCCCAGGAAUUGGAACAUGCACCUUCCAGUGAAACCGAUCUGAACACAACCUAGUCUGGUCGAUAGUGUAAGUGCAAAUUUCAAGAAAGCCUGUUAAAGUUUAAUAAAUAUAAUUGUCCCAUUAAUCGUUAAUAAAAUAAUAGGCAUGAUAUUUUACGAAUACUAACAGGCUUUGGUGAAAUAAAGUGUACGCAAAGUAUGUUUUGUGUUUAAAAUAAUGUAAGUUUGGUAUAACCCGCCUAAAAGAGUAUUUUAAAAAUGACAUUGUGGUAAGUUCACUUUUGUAAUAAGAACUUUGAAUACUAUUCAGAUUGCUUAGCAUGGCCAUAUAAAGGGUUUCUUCAACUGUUCAUAUCUAUUUUAUUUACUUAGUUGAAAGAAACCUGAAAAGCGAUAAAUGGGUAAAGAAUUAAUUGUUAAAAAAAUUAAUUGUCAUUUUGCCCAUAAAAGGACAACUGACAAGAAAAACUAACAAGUUUUUCUUACACUUUCUCAUUUUUAUUAUCUAUUAUGGCCAUGCUAAGCCAGCAAGUAAGUUAAGAUUUUAUAAUCUUGAGCAUUUUUAAUAGAAAUCUUACUACUAGUAAUUUAAUGUGUAAUGUGUAGGAAUAAAUAGGUUCUGAUUAUUAUAAUCAGAAAAACUAAUAUUGGACAAUUAUAUUUUCUCACCUCUGGGCAGAAAACGUCAACUUUCGUAACACUGCGCUUACCGAUGUUGCCGUUAGCCACC